AUGCUGUGCUACCUAUUUUCCGACACGCGCCGUGUGUUCACGAAUCCACGCGCUGGCUCUCGCGGAGCACGCAUGUCAUCUUUUGUACAAAGUGUCGGCAACCAAGCAGACGACACGACGUCUUCUCAGGCAAAUGAUACCGACAAGUCCGCCAUAUCGAAUGCGCCUUUGGCUGUCCAGGCAUGUGUGGCCUCAGCGAUGGCCGGGCCCUACCCGACAUUCGUAUGGCCAUACGGCCAAUCCGCAGGCUCCGCACGCCGCGCAGACGAGACUCCAGACGAAUACGAGACUUGGAAACGUCGGCGGACGUCGUAUCUGACGUGGCGCGACUCGCACUAUCCCAUGUCCAUCACCCCUGUUGACGAGCUCGAUGGCCAUGAAGGUGGGCAGGAGAAGCCUGCGGCGGCUGCGCAUGCUCCUACUGACGACGCGCAAGUUGCGAACGAGGCAUCUGGCGCCGGUCCCUCGUCGUGGGCGCAUCCUGGAGCUGAGAAACUCACGUUCAAAGAACUGUACAUUGAGGCACUCAUGAACAGUGGCAAAUGUACCAAGAGCAUGCGAGAAAAGUGUUUCUUGGACGAAGAGUAUGCGGAGGACUUUUCAAAAGUGUGCUUGCUUGUGAAUGUCGGUCGUAUCAACACGACUUUAGCAUUUUACCCCGAGAUGAAGACGAUUCUCCGCAGCUAUCAUCCUGUGCCAUCGUUGCAAAAGUCCGAAAAUACUCGGCGCAACAUGCAAGAUGCGCCGCGUAUGAAGUCGCUCCUCAAGGCCGUGCUUCUUCCGCAUGAGCGUCCAGGUCCGCCGGGUGGAUCUAGCACUGCAUCUGCAUCUGCCAAGCAUGUCGGCCAUCUCGACACGGAAGAGGUACCUGCUGAUAUCGCAGAGACUGCACGGCGUCUGCGUCUUGAGCGUCGUCCACCGACAUCCGUCGUCACCCUGAUUUUCCUUUUGACGCACCAGGCAUCUGACAUCAUGUCCUUGCAUUUCCCUCCUCCAUUUGACAUGCACUCUCUCUUCUUCCCGCAAGCGUCGCAUCCCGUGUCGGCCAAGCACCGUGCCAACGUAUUUCUGUGGCUCCUGUACCACUACUUAGAGGGACCUGCCGCUCUGCCUCCAGGCGCUCCUGGCUCAGAGAAUCCGUUCGAUGACGAUGUAUCGCGUGCUGCGAGGCGGCAGGCACGCACCGCCUGGAUUCAGCAAGGCUCUGUUCCACCUACCGAUGCAAAUCCUCUUUGGCGUGGCACACCGAAUCCCGAGUACCGGCGCUGGCGCGAGCUAUAUGACCAUCCCAAUGACGCCAACGGUGACUCUGGCACCUCGUCCUCAUCCUCAUCUCGUCGUCCCGCACGCAAGCGUGCCGCCGAUGUCGAUGAUCCGGACACGCCGCCAUGCCCGGAGUCGCAUACCGACCGUCUCUUGGUGCCAGCGAUGCCAUAUAUAUCCUCCGAAGCCUAUAUGCAAGAAGACGCUGACCCGCCUGAGGAAGUUGCUUGGGGUAAGCAAAUGCAAGAAGAGCGUGCCGCUUUCCUCGUCCGCUUCCAGGAAGAGGAGCAGGCCAAGGUUCUUGCUCAGAGCGGGAUUCUUGAUGAUCCCGAGCACGGACGUUCCGAUGAGGCCAAGCCGAAGAAACGUAUCCCCGUCAAUACACAGAGUUGCUAUCCAUUAGCCAAUAUCCUUGCCAAUGCCGCAGCUGCGGGCUCGCACGCAGGUGCAUUGACCCGCUCACCCAUCGGCUUUGUCAAGCGCGCACGUCUUUCUUCACGUCACUCUCAUCCACGCGAUCAUCGACUCACGCCAUCGGAAAGCCAGGAACUGGAUGUCGAGCACACAUCAGAUGCAGCAGGCGCGUUAGAACAUGGGUCAUUCUGGGAUUUGGACUUGUCUGCUGCAUCUCAUGAGCCCCAGCAGUCCAUGGUUCAACAUGCGUGGGACUUGGUGAAAGCACAGGAAGACUUUGAUUCAGACACGGACGCACAUGAUGACCACGAUGAUGAACAACUGCUUGCACGACAGCUGCUUGUUCUUCGCCGGACGCGCGAGGCGCGCGGCGAGUCCGAGUCUUCGGCCAAAUCUGCUACAGAGGCCGCUGCCUCAUCGACACCUCUCGUUACGUAG